GUGACCCAACAUUCAACCCCCGAAAAAGGCGGUCAUAGAACCCCCAGGAGACGAAGAUGUUGGCCCGUCGUGACCCCAAAACUGGCGCCAACAGACUCGGGAGAGCCCAGACCCUCCAGAAGCAGCGGAGGGCCCCAGUUGCGCCAAGGGCUCCCCCGCCCGAUGAAGAAGAUCCCAGGCUCAAGUGCAAAGACUGCGGGGCCUUUGGCCACACGGCCAGAAGUACCAGGUGCCCCAUGAAGUGCUGGAAGGCAGCCCUGGUUCCACAGACCUUCGGGAAGAGGGAAGGGAAGGAAAACCUGAAACCGUGGAAGCCCCCGGUGGAGGCGAACCCGGGGCCCUUGAACAAGGAUAAAGGAGAGAAGGAAGAGAGACCAAGGCAGCAAGACCCGCAGAGGAAGGCUCUCCUCCGGAUAUUUUCCGUGAAACCUCCAGAGAAGCCGCUGCCAAAUCGAAGAGGAUCCACGGAAUCUUGUGAUGAUCUGAGGGUUGCAAGCAGGCCAAUGCCGCUCCACACAACCAGUAAGAGGCCACGCGUGGACCCUGUCCUCACUGAUGGCUCAGCUACCGAAAUGUCUGACAGGGGCUCCGUCUUGGCUUCACUGUCUCCCUUCAGAAAAGCCAGUGUGAGCUACCCCUCUAGUCUUGGACCAAAGGAACGACAGACAGGGGCUGCGGCCCCCAUCCCUCAGCCUGCAGUCAGGCACCAGGGCCCGGGGCCUCUCCUCGUGGUGAAGCCGACACACAGCAGCCCGGAGGGUGGCUGCCGAGAAGUUCCCCAGGCUGCCUCGCAAACCCACGGCCUGCUCCAGGCCAUCAGCCCCCAGGCACAAGACAGACGUCCCGCGCUGACCUCACAGCCCUGCCCACCAGCCGCCACACGCAGCUUGGGCCUAGGCUCCAAUCUCAGCUUCAGGCCAGGAGCCAAGAGACCUGCCCAGGCUCCGCUUCAGGCUUGCCUGAACUUCCCCAAGAUACCGAGACUGGGUCCCUUCCAGAUCCCCGAAGACGCCAUCCAGGGAGGUGAGCUCGGGGCCCCGGACACUCUCCAACCUCCGCCGGCCGCAACCGAACUUGGACCGAGUACGUCGCCCCAGAUGGGCAGGAGGACACCCGCCCAGGUGCCCAGCAUCGACCGGCAGCCUCCGCACAGCAGACCUUGCCUGCCUACUGCCCAGGCCUGCACCGUGUCCCGUCACCCGGCGGCCAGCCAUGACGGGGCCCAGCCUCUCAGAGUGCUCUUCCGGAGACUGGACAAUGGAUGGUGGAGCUCCAGCCUCCUGACAGCUCCCUCAUUUCACUCUCCUGAGAAGCCGGGAGCCUUCCUCGCUCAGAGCCCUCAUGUCUCAGAGAAGUCUCAGGGUCCCGGUGUUCGUGUCCCAGCGAGUGUCCUCUAUGAGGACCUUCAGGUUUCCUCCUCCUCAGAGGACAGCGAUUCUGACCUGGAGUGAGACGGCAGGUGGCAGGGGCUCCUUGGCCUCCCGCUCCCGUGACUUGGAGGGGACUGUGGGACUGAGGAGCGCAGAGCAGCGAGCAGACUCUCUGCGGUGACUCCGAAGCUCCCUGGCUGUGGCGCUUCUGCGGAGGUGGGAGCCCAGGCCAGGCAGGGAGCCGAUGCAGGGACUCUGCCUCAUUGAAUUCUCGUGAGGGACAGUGUAGUUCGCAUGGCUCUCCGGAAACGCGCCAGGAAAAGCUUCCGUGCCAGUGAUUGGUUGCCUGAGAAACUGGGCGACGCGCAGGAGUCAGACAUCUGCUGGGACGUCAAUAGGAAACUGGGGAAUGACUGUGUUUUUGCUCUCUAGAUGACUGAAUAAGGGAAAAGUUCGGGAACCCUGAGAGGUGCAGCCCUUCCGCUGCGCCCCGCCCCGAGAGCAGUGUUUGGGACGCUGGGAAGCCUGCUGCGCUGCGCGCUCUCGGGGUCCUUCCUCGGCCUCGAAAACUGGGCUCUGGCAUGCCUUUGUCAAUGUGUGUGUUUAAUGUGCUUGAAGUGAGUAAAAUUCUCAAAAAGAUGACAUAUUGUCUUUUGACUCUCAUUCCGUGUUUGUGUUUAACUGAUCUUCCAAGGGCUUGAAACUUUCUUG